UUUAGAGUGGUAAAACCGUAAACGGGCUUCAACUUUAUUGAUUUUACAAACAUCACUAGGUCCGAAAGAUUUCUAUGUUUUAUGCUUAAACAUCUCUAUUCUCUGAGCUAUCUGUGGUGUUUUGACUCCUCUUGUCAGGGGUUGUUUUCGGUACCUAUUCGAGAUAUCCAAUUUUUUUUGGAAGCGGUCCAAAUAUACAAAAAUCCUGUAUGUUUAUGUGUUUGUGCUGUUUUAAUCCUUGUUUAUUCCUGUAACUCUUUGUUCGUGUCGUUUGCGUUGUGUGAGACACUUCAAUGUGAAUCGAUUAAUAAACAUUGUGUGUUUUGGUUUUGCGAUUCGCGUUUGCAAGCAAAAUGGGGACUGCUAAACCGGAGGAGGAGAUAAAACAAGAUUUAAAUGAUAGUGGGUGCGUGCAAGACGCAUCCAUGGCCGAGUCCUACCGCGGCCAGGCGGGCAUCUUGGACCUCUCCGACGAUGUUCUCCUCUACCUGCUCAGCUUCUGCUCACCGAUGGACCUCAAGGCUUUGGGCCACACCUGCACUCGCCUCGCCCGCCUCAUGGCUGACCGGACCCUCUGGCAGCGCGUCGACGCCCGCAGCUGUCCCAUGGGAAGUGACCGCCUCCGCUGGUUCCUCAGACACUGCUUCUCUGCAGCCACCACCGAGUUAGCCAUCACCGGAUACGCUAAUAGGGAGAGCAGGUGCCUCGGUAUCCAAGAUCUGAGCUAUUCUCAGGACAACGAACCUCUGUCGCGUGGUCGAGGUUCGAGUUCCGGUGGUGUCGACGUGGAACACUUCCUCCUGCGUAUGUGGUACCCGCAUUUACCGCGCUACGCAGUCAGCCCUCGUUGGCCGGACAAGGAGGAGGCGGCGAACCACGUCCGUCUCCAAAAUUUCCUGAACAGUGGUGGCCGUGACGACCACGACUACUUGGUUCGGGAUCCGCAAGCGAAUCGGAACUAUAACGAUAUGGAAGUCGAUCCUGAUGGAAACUCUGGUGACCAUCGUGAUCGCAGCAUAGAUCUGUCCAAACCCAAAAAUAAUUCUGGACAGCCGGGACCCUCGAGGAAGAAUCCCGACCGGGAACGGAACCCGGACUGUUCCGGUCCCUGUUUCACCUUCAACGCGAAGCUCAUGAGGGAGCUGAGCAAGAAAUGCAACCAGCUGACCAGCUUGUUUCUGGAGUAUUGCAACAUUGAUUAUAAAGUGACCAACAUCCGGUACUUCCCUCCGAUGCUGAAGAAGCUCUCCCUCCGCGGGACUCGCUGCUACAAUCUACCACUGAACAUGUCAUACCUGUGCAAGAUACAGGAUCAGCUGCCCAAGUUAGAGUAUCUGGACGUGUCUGAGUGCGAGUGGUUUGAACCGGCGUCGCUGAUGCCUCUCAGCAAGCUGCCGGUCCUCAAAGAGUUGUACAUGAAGGACUGCGUCCGUCUCACAGAGUGUGUCGCCUACGCCAGUCUCGCAACACGAUAUGGUUUCAGACAGCUGAGGGUCUUAGAUGUGAGAGGUUCUCCUAUAUCGGAUUCGGAGAUAUCGGCCGUGGGCUGGCUUCCUCUUCUCGAGGAGUUGUACUGCGCCCCCGGAGACGACUACCGGAGUACGUCGGAGCAUGCCCACGCGUGGGCUGAGGACCUGCAGCCGCGGGACCAGCUCGAAACCUGGGAGACUGAGGAGCCGGAGUACUUCAGGAACAAGACCCCGGAGCCCGAGGAGGAGGAGGAUGAGAUUAGGCCGGAGCCGCGCCAAGCCGAGGAGAGCGCGGCCUCCGCCCCCUGGUGGUCGCACGAGAGGAGGAUCAUAGUCAUCCAACCGAACAACGACGAGGAAGACGACAGUCCAGCCACGGUCCGCCUCCGUACCCUCGGCUUGCAGGUCGAGCCCGGUCCAUCCGGGGCCAACCCCGCGGGGCCCAACCCCAACCCCGGCCCGUCGGGGGCCAAGCGCCACAACACCGACAACGGCUUAGACUUAGUCAAACGGCCACGACUCGAUGAGGAACAAGAGCAAGUAGAAAUAGUUAUCGAGAGGCCACCUUUAUCCGCUGAAGAUUGUCCCAGGCUGAACAGAAUCCAGGUCACUAAUAGGCCUGUUAUGUACGGAGGAGCUGAGCCCGAUAGGCCGCAAGGAGAGGCCAAUCCUAGUCCGAGUCCUGCGCCUAGUGAUGCAACCAGUAACGCGCCAAGUUUGUCUAGAGCCGCCCGCAGAAAUGAGUGGCUAGGACCUAUCGCUUCGUCAUCCCGGUCAACUUCAGCCCAACCUGUUACUAGGCAAGGCCUCUGCCUGACUCCCAGCAUGUGUGGAAAAAUAUAUCCGCAUAUGGCCAGCCUUUCUCCAGAACCGGAUCUACCAGAUGAAAAUAACGACGCACCUAUUCAUGAUAGCGGUGCAAGUUCUCAGGCUGUCGAGCCUCAGGCCAGUCUACCCGAGGCUGAAGGCCAGGCUGAGGCAGAGCCUCAACCAGCACCAUCAUCAUCUGAUGAAAGUGCCUCCCGCGGGGUCAAUGUCACCGUCGCUGUGAAACUGCCCCCAGUGACAGUCACUUUCAAUCCAGUAAGGGACGUUAACGUGACAGUGGAAGUUGCCCCCGAAGCCAAUGGGGCCAACGGGGCCAACGGGGCCAACGGGGCCAACAAAGCCAACGGGGCCAACGAAGCCAACGAAGCCAACGGGGCCAACGAAGCCAACGGGGCCAACGAAGCCAACGAAGCCAACGGGGCCAACGAAGCCAUUGAUGACGAUGACGAUAGUGAGAACGGAGAACUGGAGCUGGUGCCAAUCGUGGCCCCACCCCCGCCGGGGCAUGUGCACAUUAUCAACCCAAGACCUACCUUCUACAACCCAAGCCUAUUUAGGCGACGAGUGGUUAACGGCAAUCAUUAUCAGCCUCAUGUUCACAUUCCGAUUAUGCCACCCCAACAGAUACCUGCGCCUCCAGGACAACAGCAACCGCUACAACCGGUUAUAAUUGCUCAUGCGCCAGAAAAUGAAUCGAGGAACGGUCCGCAUAUCUAUGCCCCAUACGUGAACGGGCCCCAAGCGGUCAUUAUACCUGGUAACGUGCCCCCGAUCAACGCUGGCCCCCAAGCCCACCUGCUCAUGCAACCGAACCGCAUAAGGCAGCUCCCUUACGUCGGCGGCGUGCCUCAUUUGGCCCAUUUGCCCCCACUCCGCAACAGACAAAUACCCGAAGAAGUCCCCGAUGGCGAAAUAAUUCAAGAUAUAUUCAACGAAUUCGAUGGCAACGCUCGAAACGACGUCAUAAGACCCCGUUUCGUCCGUUUUCGACGGAAUCACAUGCCGAAUCACAUGCACGUUGAUCUAGACAUCCACCAUCAGAUGCCAGUUCACCAGACGAACUCGCAUUUAGUGACCGAUUCGGCGAUUUUACGUUUCGGCCGGGCCGAUAACGAUGAUAUUAAUUACGUUCAUAUUGCUCGCGUUGUCGACGGAGCUAGCGAUCAGGGUAACCGCCCUGAUAGGUCGAAUUUACGGGUUUUGUCCGUGACUGGGUACAGGAACAUCACUAAUAGGUCCUUGCAGCAUCUGGCUACAGCUGCCCCUCACUUAAGGAUGAUAGAUUUUUCUGAAACGUCGGUCACUCAAAGCGGUGUUGAUAUGUUUAAGGCUAUCCGGCCUAACUGUGAGGUGGUUUUCAGUGAAUACACAGGCAGACGGCGUUAGGUUUCUUUCAAGAUUUUCAGUGAUAUUUUUUUUUGUGUUUUUUUGAACGAUUUUCGGGUUGGUGUGUUUGAAUUUUUAUUGCCUUUUCAUUUAUUGAAUCAGACUCGGUCCUUAUUAAACACUUAAGUUUUACACUGGGAUAAAUUACCUUGUAAUAAUUCGUAAUCCGAAUGUUGGUGAGUUUUUGAUCUUUAACUUUCAUAGUGCGAUGAGGAUAUUACUAUAUACUACUGCUACUUUGGGUAAGCCUCGCUUACCGCGGUCAGUUUGUGGAUUGGUCAACGUUUUGAAAAGUACGCACAUUUCUGCGUUCAUAUGGUAUCUUUCUACGCUAUGUAUUAUCAAAUCUGAAAAGAAAAACGAAAGUUACAAAAUUUCUGCCUAAAAUCGACUGAAAAAAAAGAUAACCAUUACCGAAAAUCGAUCAAAAAAUACAAUAAAAAAACCGUAACUACAUUUUUAGUUCCGGUUUUUAAUUUAAGCGUCGUUUAGUUACGGUUUUUAGUUUUGAUGCCCACUUUAACAGCUGUUACUGUAAAGGGAUUUUGUUUUGGGUUUUAUUAUUAUUAUUUAUUUUACAUUUACGCGCAACGAUCGACUCUUACAAAAGGUAUUAAAAUUUUAAAUAAUUUGCAAGACUUAUUCGGUUUUUGGGAAGUUGUUGAACAUAUGUUGACAGAUCAGCUGAUUUUGCUGGUGACAGCUGUGUUUUACACGCUGUCAAUACAAACAUUUGACAAAAUAACUAAUGAUUGGUUCAACAGCUUUCAAGAAACUUAUUUACAUAAAUUAAUUGGUAUAUUAAUUUUAACUUAACCUAAAAAUCAUUUUUAUU